ACCGCCUUGGAACACACUCAUACAUGCUUUAAAGUUGUGCGGGUAAAAAUGAUGUCAAGUAAAGUGGUGCUUCUCGCAAUAAUCUUGCGAUGCGGUGGGAUUCAAGUUGAUCCACCUGAGGAGAUUAAAAUCAUUGAUUCUGGUCACCUUGGUCAUCUGGAGAUGACGUGGACUCCCCCGGCCAGCUUAAUUCACAUGCAGGAAUGUCUGAUACGUUACCAGCUGGAAUACUACAACACAUAUAGGCAGAGUUGGACAGUUAUUAAAACAAUCCAUAGGACAUACAGCGACCAGUUUGAUCUGAUGAAGGACGUCCAGGUGCGAGUGUACACUUUGCUGAGUGGACCCUGCACUAAUAACACCUGGAUCAGAAGCGCAAACUAUACAGAAGUGGUUCAGAAUCCUCCUAGCACAGGUCUACAGGACAGUGAAGUGGAGGAUUUUGGGUGUGUGUUCCAUAAUAUGGAGAAAACCAUCUGUAUGUGGAAAAAAAGCUCCAAAUCCCCAACCAGCUCACAGCUAUAUCUCUAUUACUGGUACACAGAACUGGAGAAAACGGAGGAGUGCCCUGACUACAUCACUAAAAAUGGAGUCAGGCGUGGAUGCAACUUCACAGAAAAACCUCUUCCUGAUUUUACUGAUGUCAACUUCUGUGUAAAUGGCUCCUCUCCUGAAGGCCCCCUGAAGCCUACAUAUAUGUCAAUACAAAUCCAAAACUAUGUAAAGCCUGCACGUUCAGACAAGCCACACCUGCAGACACUCAAAGGUGCCCCGCUCAAGUUGCACUGGAUGAAACCUCAUGGAAAAAUUCCUGGACGCUGCCUGGAAUAUGAGGUGGAACACACACGAGUGGAUCCUGAUGGGAAACAUGAAUUGCAGCGGAUUCCCACCAUGCUCACAAACCACAUGUUUCCUCCUGCCGGCAACAACGAGAGAAAUUGCUUCAAGGUUCGCUCCAAGUUGAACAAAUACUGUGCAAUGGGAAGCUUCUGGAGUGCCUGGAGUCACACAACAUGUCACUAAGCGUUAUUCUAAAGCGUAGUUCACACAUCUUUGUCUGAGAACCGAGGACUUGGAUGAUCUGCACAGUUUGUGUCAUGUUAUAUGUAUAUGGUCAGGGAUGAUCACACAGUGUAAAUAAUGCAAUUUCUAAUCAAUGUGUAAAUAUGCAAUUUGAAAUCGCAAAGUGGAAAUAAUGCAUUUUCUUUUAAUACUUCUAAUAGCACACCCCAGGAAGAAUCACUCUGUGUGUUUUGAAACUUUUGCUACCCGGCUUAUAAUUUCACUGAUUGCAUUAGUCCAGUUUAAUACUUUGCAUAUGGAUGUUUGUGCCACAUAUAAAUGUGCAGCAUUUUUCUAAAAUGUAUUGUUGCUGUUGAUAGUAAGAGGACAUGUUAUAAUAAUAGUUGACUAUUGGCUGUGAUUGUUUUUUUAAUAUGACUGUUUUAAUGAGACAAAAUGUUUAAAAUAAAUAUAACCCCUUUUUUAUAAUUGUAAUAUCUGUCUUAUUUUGUACAGUUUAUUUGUGAAAUAUAUUGUGUGAAGAGAUCACAAGAGAUGACGGGAUAUUGCAAGAAUAACAAUAUCGAGCAUGGCUGGUGGUGUUGAUAUCU